AUGUAUGCCGCUGUUCAAUCGACCAGCACAUUUGACAGCGAAUAUCCACUCCUGCCCGAACCUUUACAACAAAGUAUCCUCAAUUCAAUUCGAUUAGCCGCCAACAUCGACGUCGACAGCGACGUGCCCCAGUUUGUGGAGAAAGUCGCGAUACUUCCCAGUGGUUUUGGUGGCGAUUUGAGACUGGUGGACAUGCGUGGUGAAAUGGCCGAGCUGGGCGGGCAGGCAACGUCGACCACAACCGUCAUGGCAGCCCUACUCUCACAGUCUACCGAGAUCAACGCCCUAAAGCGUCGCAUCGAGGAGAUGCACUCACAACACCAAGCGGAACUCGCAUCCCUACAAACAACGAUGCGAUCUCGGCUUGAGCGCUUGCACUCUACGAUAAAGCGCAUCGCAGUUCAGCCUGUUGUCCGUUCCGUGAGGACGCCUACCGAUCAUGGGGCUCCUGGUGUACUUUCCCGGCCGACCGCUCGCUUAGAAAAGCGGCCCCGAGACCACUUCGAGCUGUGGAAGGAGUACGAGUUUGGAAACGGCGGGGUCAAACCUGCGAAGUUGUUCGACAAGAAGGAGCGCGGCAAAGCGAAGUUUUUCUUCUGUUUCCGUUUGAAGUUCUGGGUCCUAGUCGAAGGUAUGCUGAAGCGUGGUCACACCAGCGGCACGGCCAUCGAUGCGAUCUACCUCAAGUACGGGAGGUCCAAGUCCGUCACUGCGUUAUUGACGCUGCUUCGCCAUGGCAAGCCCCAACCAAAUGAGUUUUGA